AUGGAUGAGCUGGGAUUACAUGAUAAACCAUCACAAAUCUGGAAUCUAGAUGAAACUAGUUUAAGCAAAGACCCCAGUAAAACCAAAGUGGUAGGUCUGAGAGGUUUUGCAUCAACAAGAACGAUAUCAUCACCCGGCAAAGACAAUACAACAGUUUUGCUUGGAUGCAGUGCAGCCGGUGACAAAACACCUCCACUUAUUAUAUUUAAAGGAAAAAAUGUGUGGGAUGAGUGGACAUCCGAAGAGGACUAUCCAGGCACAGUGUAUGCCGCCACGAAAAACGGUUGGAUGGAGACGGAAAUUUUGAACAAAAAUUUUCAAACCAAAACAAUUGCGAGCCUCACACCCCGGGAAAAAAAACCGUGA